CCGAGGACGCGAUCUUACAGACCAAUAUGGCGGCGUUGAGGUGUAGGGACUUGUAAAUGAACAAAAACCUAAUUCAUUUACUGCAUUAACUACUACUACUACUACUAUACUAGACUAUUUUGUGGUAAGCGGGAUUUUAAAAAGAAGAAAUCCUAAAUUGGCAUUUUAUCACAUUUUUACACGUCAACUAUAUACUGCAUACGAUUGGAGAUCAUGAGUAGAGCUGGUAUCUGACGGUCUCCUGUCAUACACUGGGAUGUGACUAAACUCAGUUAUACGGUUGAUUAAUUGAUAUCUUGAUCUGUAGUUUAAGAAACAGACAGAAUGAAGGUGGUAAAUCUGAAGCAGGCUAUCCUGCAGGCGUGGAAGGAGCGCUGGAGUGAUUACCAGUGGGCCAUUAACAUCAAGAAGAACUGUCCUAAAGGAGCCACAUGGGACUACCUCAAUCUAGCAGAAGCUCUUCUGGAGCAGGCUAUGAUUGGCCCUUCACCCAACCCUCUGAUCCUGUCCUACCUGAAGUAUGCCAUCAGUUCACAGAUGGUGUCAUAUUCUAGUGUGCUGACUGCAAUCAGCAAGUUUGAUGACUUUUCACGGGAAUUAUGUAUCAAAUCAUUGCUUGAGAUUAUGGAUAUGUUCUCAAACCGACUCAGGUAUCCGUCUGUCAAUCAGUUGCAUCUCUCCAUGCAAAAGUCAGUGAGAUGCGGUUUUUCUAGGAUGCAGGUAAUAUGUUUUCUCUCUUGUUUUUUCCACAUGAAGUGCCACGGAAAGGCGGAGGAGUGUAUCGGGCUGUGCCGCGCCAUGCUGUGUACCAUGGUUUGGCUCCUGCAGGGCUGUGCGUGGUACUGUGAGAGACUACGGGAGUCCGGCGCUUUGCCUGUGUUAGAAAACAGUUUGAGAGCCUGCCUGGGGCGCAUGACCAAUCUGUUACACAGCACCAAGAACAGAGCCUUAGUGCACAUCGCACGCCUGGAAGAACAAGCAUCCUGGACCAAUGUAGAGCAAGCUUUGCUCAAGGUUUCAGAAAAUCUCAAUGCUGUGACCAAUCUGACGCUGAAGGAGGAUCUUGAGGAGUGUGUUUCAUUGGUCAAGGGCAUUCCUCAGAUGUUGUCUCUUCAGAGUGAUCCACCGGUCCACACCUCGUUUCCUUCAGUCCAUGCCUUCAUCAUGCUGGAGGGAACCAUGAACCUCACUGGAGAGACACAGCCAUUAGUAGAGCAGCUUAUGAUGAUCAAGAGGAUGCAGCAUAUUCCAGCUCCACUGUUUGUGCUGGAGAUCUGGAAGGCAUGUUUCACUGGACUCAUUGAAUCUCCAGAGGGGAACGAAGAGCUGAAAUGGACAGCUUUCACUUUUCUAAAGAUUCCUCAGGUUUUACUAAGGCUGAAGAAGUACCCACAAGGGGAAAAGACACAGGAUUUUAUGGAGGAUGUGAAUGUGGCAUUUGAAUAUCUACUGAAUCUCACUCCACUGCUGGAUAAAGCCGACCAGAGAUGCAACUGUGACUGCUUGAGUCUGUUACUACAGGAGUGUAAUAAACUGGGCCUGCUGUCUGAGGCAAACACGAGCAGUCUUACUGCAAAACGGACUGAGGACAGAGAGCAUGCACCCAGACUAAGGACAGCAGAGAAUGCAAAUAUUCAGCCGAACCCAGGCCUCAUCCUGAGAGCCGAACCAACCGUCACCAACAUCCUUAAGACAGUGGAUGCGGAUCAUUCUAAGUCUCCUGAGGGACUGCUGGGAGUUUUGGGUCACAUGCUCUCAGGAAAGAGUCUUGAUUUGCUACUGGCAGCUGCGGCAGCGACUGGAAAACUCAAGUCUUUUGCUCGCAAAUUCAUCAAGCUGAAUGAGUUUCCAAAACACAUCAGUGGAGAAGGAUCAAAAUCUGCAUCAGUGCGAGCUCUGCUGUUUGACAUUUCCUUCCUCAUGCUGUGUCAUGUCGUUCAGACCUAUGGGUCAGAGGUGAUUCUCUCAGACCCCAGCCCAUCAAGUGAGACACCCUUUUUUGAGACGUGGUUGCAGACGUGCAUGCCAGAGGAAGGGAAGACCCUGAAUCCAGACCACCCCUGCUUCAGACCUGAGUCUGGGAAGGUGGAGAGUCUGGUGGCCCUGCUUAAUUCUUCCUCUGAGAUGAAGCUUGUUCAGAUGAAAUGGCAUGAAAUAUGUCUCAGUACACCAGCAGCUAUACUGGAGGUUCUGAAUGCCUGGGAGAAUGGAGUUUUGUCAGUGGAAGCUGUUCAGAAGAUCACGGAUAACAUCAAAGGGAAGGUGUGCAGUAUGGCCAUCUGUGCAGUGGCAUGGCUGGUGGCGCAUGUUCGGAUGCUGGGAUUGGAUGAGAGAGAAAAACCUCAGACAAUGAUUCGUCAGCUCAUGACUCCCAUGUCAGGAGAAAACACUUUGCAGUUCUACCAUGAGCGUGUGGUGAUCAUGAGCUCUAUCUUGGAGCACAUGUGGGCUGAUGUAUUUCAGCAGACGGGACUGUCCCUGCGGCCAGCAGUCGAGGGUCAGGAGCCCAUUCCAUACCGGAACCUUCUUCCAGCCCGCCAGCCCAUCCGCCAGGUUCUGCAGACGCAGUUUAGGGAGGUUCUGGAGAAGGGCUGGGUGGACUCACAUGCAUUCCAUCUCUUUGAGAACCUGCUACAUAUGGGAGGGGUUUUCUGGUUUACUAACAAUCUGGUUAAGGAGCUCCUUAAAGAGACCCGUAAGGAGUGGGCGUCUCGAGUGGUUGAGCUGCUUUACAGUAUCUUCUGCCUGGACACACAGCAGAUCACCCUCACCCUGCUGGGUCACAUUCUACCACGUCUCCUCACAGACCCUGCACACUGGCACAGUCUGGCAGACCCACCAGGAAGAGCCCUUGCGAAGUUGUCAGUGUGGUGUGCUCUCAGUUCUUACUCAUCUCAUCAUAAGGGUCAAGCAUCAGCACGCCAACGCAAGAGACAACGUGAGGAUAUUGAGGAUUACACCAGCCUUUUUCCUUUGGACGACACACAGCCAUCUAAACUGAUGCGUCUGCUCAGCUCCAAUGAGGAUGAGACUGUCAUGCUGUCCAGUCCAGGUGACCGUUCCAUGAGCAGUUCACUGUCUGCCUCUCAGCUUCACACCGUCAACAUGAGAGACCCUCUCAACCGAGUGCUAGCAAAUUUGUUCCUGUUGAUUUCCUCUCUGUUGGGGUCUAAGACAGCAGGCCCUCACACACAGUUCGUUCAGAGCUUUAUCGAGGAGUGUGUGGAGUGCUCAGAGCAAGGCAACCGGGGCAGCAUCCUGCAAUUUAUGCCCUUUACCAUGAUUUCAGAACUGGUGAAGCUUCAGGCGCUGGCAAAACCCAGAACUGUGCUGUCCAUCACAGACCUGAGCCUUCCACUGGGCCGGAGAAUGGCAGCUAAAGCCAUCGCUGCUCUGUAGAGGACAUUCAUUUUAACAGGCCUCUAAGAUGAUGUGGUUUUGGUAGGUGUGUGACUGAGGAAACUGCUUCAACCUCCCUCCCUAGGGGAGAACAGACUUUUUUUCUUCAUUACAUAUGAUUCCUGUAACUGCUGGUGGGUUUUGAUGUUGCAUUCACAUCUGACAUUUGGAGGACAGCUCAGUAUUAGUUCUAAUUUGACAUGUGUGUGCAUACCUGUGAACCAAAACUGUAGCUGACUGCUGACUGCUAACAUUAAUUUACCAUUAACUUCCAUCAAUGAUGAGUAAACCAAGCAAAAUUGUAUACUUCAACAUUGUAUAUUUUUACUAAAAUGCCAAUAAAACGGUAAAACUGUU